UCUUUCAUCAGUGCACCACUGACUCCUUCCUAAAAUAGUAACCAACAAGCUUCUCUUUUUUCAUUUAUAUAUAUAUAUAUAUAUAUACACAUCCAACUGCACCAUCAUAAGACUCAUAACCUUCCAAAAAUAACAACACUGAAAAAAAGGAGCUGCUUUUCUUCUUCUUCUUCUUCUUCUUCUUCUUCUUCUUCUUCUCUUGGCUCAAAUGCUAUCGCAUCUCAAUGGCUCGUCUUGGGCGGAGGAAGAGAACGCCUCAGCAGGAGCUCCAUGGGCGACGCAACCCUCGCCGACGCCGGCGGAGCCUGGGUCGCCGACCAACCUCAUGUCUCGUUUCACCAAGGAUGAGCUCAGUCUCAGCCUUCCAACCUUCAAAACCAUGCUUGAAGACGAUUGGUACUUCUCCUCCGCCACCGCGAGCUCCGCCACGCCGCAUUUUGAGCCCCUUCAAUCCCAGCGCCAAGAUAUCGCCUCUCUUCUCCCACCACUCGACUCCGCUUCGUCUUUCUCCUUCGCUCCUAAGUCCUCCCUGAGUUAUAUCCCCUUCGACCCUGCCUUUGAUCUUAGCUUCACUUCCUCUGAUUUGGGCGUCAACUCGUUUGAUUUCAGCUCCAAAUCCCAGUUCUCAAACCCCGCUUUGGUGCCCAACCCUGUGAGCUUUGAAACCAUAGAAAAUUCUUCGACGUUCAAUAGGUCCAAGACUCUCCAACCUCUCCAGGUCUUCCCUUCUCUGGGAGCUCAGCCCACUCUAUUCCAGAAGCGAGCUGCGUUGCAGAGGCAAAAUCUAGGGCUUGACAUGGAUAAAGCUGCGAGCUUUAGGGAUUUGGAGGGGCAGGAGAAGGACGAGGAUGGGUCCAGGAUGAAAUGGGACUCAGAUGAAGAGGAUAAGAACAAAGAGGAGAAGGAGGGCAAUGGGGAUGGCGAUGGAGUGGUGGAGAAGGGGAAGAAGAAGGGCCAACCAGCAAAGAAUUUAUUGGCUGAAAGGAGAAGAAGGAAGAAGCUCAAUGACAGGCUCUACAUGCUCCGCUCUGUUGUUCCAAAGAUCAGCAAGAUGGAUAGAGCCUCUAUUCUCGGCGAUGCCAUUGAGUACUUGAAGGAGCUUUUGCGAAGGAUUGAUGAACUUCACAAUGAACUCGGGACGGCACCUUCCAGUUCUGCAUUUCCACAUUCAACUACCAUGAACUUCCUCCCUCUGACACCGGCAACACCAACUUUGCCCAGCCGUGUCAAGGGGGAAUUAUGCACAAGCUCAUUAGCGAGCCCAAUCAGUCAAACACCAAGGGUUGAAGUCAGGGUAAGAGAAGGUCGAACCGUCAACAUUCAUAUGUUUUGUGCGCAGCGGCCUGGUCUCCUGCUCUCAACAAUGAGGGCUCUUGAUGGUCUCGGUCUUGAUAUCCAACAAGCAGUCAUCAGCUGUUUCAAUGGGUUUGCAUUGGAUGUUUACCACGCUGAGCAAUGCAAGGAUGUCCCCAGAGUUAUGCCAGAAGAUAUAAAAACAGUGCUUUUGAACUCUGCUGGAUUACAAACUGUGAUGCCAUAGAACAAACGGCUGCAUGGCUGCAAUCAGCUUCUUCUUUUUCAGCCUCAAUCUUUAAAAAUUGUUCAUGUGAAGUUACUGCCAUCCAUGAAGUUAUCUGAGAUUCGGGUUUUAAAAAAAAAAAAAGAGCUCAAGUUUACCUCAAUUUUGUAUCAAAGUUUAGUCAUUUUGGUUACAUUUACAUCUUUAUGUUUUUACCUCCAUGAACUCUG